AUGUGUGAGAAAAUCGAACUGUAGUGUUAAACAGGAAAUAAAAACUGAGCCACGCAGAAACUAUAUGGAUAGCAGUUAAUGCAAAUAUUUUGUCUAAUAACAGAAGUUAUAUCGGAAGAAAUACCUCAAAAGUGACGUUAUUUUUAAGAGGACGGGUUGCAAGGAGACCGUUGUGACAAGAGUUCUCUUCUCUCUUGAUCCAAAUGACAGAAAUGUCAUUUCCCGCGCUAUUGUGGUUUGUACCUUGUCUAAUCUGUUUGUUAAUAUAUACACACAGUAUUACUCUGAAUUAUCUAACAGGAUAGAUGAACGUUCUACCGUCCAGCCCAACCACUUGGGCUAGACGUCCAAGUGCUUGGGUCCCCGACUGUUACUUGAGAACUUGGUGCCUCCAACUACACGAGUCUUCCGACGAAGCCAAAUAAUAUAUCACAAUGAUACGUAGUUUAGACUUUUGAUAAUGAGGUGUCUUCAUCAGGGUAUGAGGCGACUUCAUCAGGGUAUGAGGUGGCUCCAUCAGGGUAUGAGGUGGCUUCAUCAGGGUAUGAGGUGGCUUCAUCAGGGUAUGAGGUGACUUCAUCAGGGUAUGAGGUGACUUCAUCAGGGUAUGAGCUGGCUUCAUCAGGGUAUGAGGUGGCUUCAUCAGGGUAUGAGGCAACAGUAGUGACCAGGAGGUGAAGUGGAUCACUUUAUGCUUCACUGGCGUAUGAGGCUAGCGACAAUGAAGUGAGGAGCAUAAGGUAGUGGAGGAGAGGGUUGUGGAGGGGAGAAUAUGAGGCAAAGUUGAGAGUGGGAGGAAGAGAUGGUGGAGGAUGAGGAGGAGGUGGUGGAGGAGGUGCGCGGGAGGAGGCGUGGUGAGAGGUGGUAGUGCUGGAGGAGCAGGCAGGUGGCGGGGCAGUGUAGUGAGGGCGCCCGUCCACAUCGGUGCCGCUGCCGCCGCUCCGUCCGCGUUCAGUGCCAGUGUGAGUGUCACCCUCGCUGCCGCCGCUGCUGCUGCUGCUGCUGCUGCUGCCUCGCCUCCAGUGUGACCAUGCUAGGUCAGUGAGUGUUCGACCCCACCAGCGAGAAGUUGUUAUAUCAGUGUUUAGUGUGUCGCCAUGGGUGCCAAGGGGUGGUUGUGUUGGUGCCUGGCGGUGGCACUGGUCGUCCUGCGUGCCGUUAGUGGCUUCCUGCUGGAGGGAUCCCCAUCCUCCUUCGCCCAGUUCCCACGAUGGAUGCCCGGCGCUAACGGCUCGCUCGAGUUUGAAUUUUUAACUCUGGAGCCUAACGGCCUACUCUUGUACACGGACGAUGGCGGCUCUUACGAGUUUUUUGAGUUGAAACUGGUAGAAGGCUCGGUGCGCCUGCACUACAAUAUGGGAGGAGGCGCGCGGCUGUUGACGGUAGGGCGCGCCCUCAACGACGGCUCGUGGCACCGGGUCAAGGUGUCGCGUCGCCACGACCGAACACACCUCACCGUUGACGGAGUGACGGAAACCCGCGUCAUCAAGGCCCUCAACCACGAGUUCGGGUCCCCGGACACUAACUCCUUCGUGUACCUCGGGGGCCUGCCGCUCCUGGUGGCCCGGGAGGUGGGCUCCAGGCUCACCCUGCCGGUCGUCACCCUCGAGCCCAGGUUUGCUGGACAGUUCCGCGAGCUGGUGUACACUGGAGCCGACGGCGUCGCCCGCACUCAGAACAUGAUCGCCAGUCAGGUACGUUGAGCCAUACGUCUGUUAUGGCCG